UGCCAACCUCCUCCAAACCACACCCUCUCUCUCUCUAUCUCAUUUCUUCUUCAAACUUCUUCAUCAGUCUCUACUAAUCUCUUGUUUGUGUUUUUGCUCUAAUUAAAAUGGGUGAAGCCGUCGAGUUUUUCCAUGCAAAUGGUUUCUCUAACUUGACCCAAAAAUUUGAUCCUAAACUUGUACUUAAUGUUAAUGGUAACAGCCACUUAGACAGAGAUGGUUCCUGGUACGAAGAAACCAUUGACGAUGAUCUCAAAUGGUCGUUUGCUCUCAAUGUCAAUGGAGUGCUGCAUAAAGGGACGAGUGAGUUUCAGGAGAUAGCCUUGUUGGAUACAAAGCGUUUUGGGAAGGUUUUGGUGAUUGAUGGAAAGAUGCAGAGUGCAGAAGUGGACGAAUUUAUUUACCAUGAAUGCUUGAUACAUCCUGCUCUCUUAUGUCAUCCCAAGCCAAAAACUGUAUUUAUAAUGGGAGGUGGAGAAGGGUCAGCCGCAAGAGAAGCUCUCAAGCACAAAUUACUGGACAAAGUGGUAAUGUGUGACAUCGAUCAGGAGGUGGUUGAUUUCUGCCGCAGACAUUUGACAGUGAAUCAGGAGGCAUUUUCUCACAAGAAGCUUAAUCUUGUUAUAAAUGAUGCCAAGGCUGAACUGGAGAAGAGUUGCGAAAAAUUCGAUAUCAUAGUAGGAGACUUAGCAGACCCAGUUGAAGGAGGGCCUUGCUAUCAACUCUACACAAAAUCUUUCUAUGAGCAAAUUCUCAAACCUAAGCUUAAUCACGGUGGCAUUUUUGUCACUCAGGCUGGACCAGCAGGCAUUUUCACCCACAAAGAGGUCUUCACCUCUAUUUUCAACACAAUCAAACAGGUCUUCAAGUAUGUGGUGGCAUAUGCAGCUCACAUACCAUCUUUUGCAGAUACAUGGGGAUGGGUUAUGGCCUCGGAUGAACCGUUCUCUAUCAAUGCUGAGAAAAUGGACAGAAGGAUAGAGGAAAGAAUUGAUGGGGAACUGAACUAUUUGAAUGGUGCUUUGUUCAUCUCCUCUGCAACCAUGAACAAAACUGUUUCUUUAUCGCUGUUGAACGAAACUCAUGUCUACACUGAGGAAGAUGCAAGAUUUAUUCAUGGACAUGGGGUGGCUUACCGCAUCAACUGAGGUCUCAAGCCACAGGUUGGGGGAAUUGCUGUACAGCAACAAAAAAGAAAAACAACAAAGUGAUGAAGAAUGGGAGUUUGACAGUCACUGAUUUCUUCAAAAGAACAAAAGAAAAGAAAAAAAAAACAACAAUUGUUUGCAGCAUUUGGUUUUACACUAGAAUAUGUUAGCUUCAUUGGGUUGUUCAUAGGAUUCAAAGUGAGAGACUUUUUUUCAAGUUAUCUUUUACUUUUAUGAAUGAAACAUCAUGAGGCAUUCCUCCAUUCCUUAUUAGAAAGCUUUCAUUUUCAUAGAAAGUGUUUGAAGCCCACACUGGCUUUAUCUAA